AUGGCGGAUCUGCAUCCCCUUGACCCCUCCUCACCCCAGCGUCCGGAUCUGCAGUUCCGAGUGCAACCACGCCGGGGCAUGGCGGCGGCAGUGCCACUUCCAGUGACCAAGGUUAGCCCGUCUUCCUACAGCAGCUGGGUUGAGGAAGGUGGAGCUGCAGCAGCAGCAUCAUGA